CAGUGUUGUAUAACCUCGGGAUCGUUUGGCUUCCAGCAGCAGUCGACGGUCCGUCUCCCUCGUGGAUGGAAGCCGAACGAAAACCCCCAUCACAGACUCGCACAGCUCUAUAUAGUCGCGGGAGCGUGAUUUUUUCUCAUUAUUUCGAGUUUGGGCGGGAAAAAUUCAAACUUGAAAAAUCAAAAGUGAAAGUGAAGCAAUCGAGACGCACAUCACAUACAAAAAAGAGGAAAAGGUACACACAUCAGCUGAUGGCGCUUAUUUGAUGAUCGAUUUCUCGCCAAUUGACACAAUGAACUCGACGACGACCAUCAACCAAAGGAUUGUCAUCCUCUUCCUGUUCAUCAUCUCCAAAACUUACGGCAGGAUCGAGCCGGGCGAGACUCUACUUCCGGCUGACGGAACUCGUUUCAUCCAGGAGCCUCCGCCCUUGCUGGAAUUCACAAAUCAAACGGGAGCGGCCGUCUGGUGCGCCGCCACUGGGCACCCGCCGCCGACGGUGAUGUGGGUGGCCGCUUCCGAGCUGGGCGCUUCGGCUGCAUCCACUUCCGGCUCUGCCGUCCCCGAAACGGCCGGAUUGAGAAGAAUGGCCAACAGUCCGGCCGGCCCUCAUAACAUCUCGUUAGUCUUCCCACCGUUCCCGGCCUCGGCUUACCGGCCCGACGUCCACUCGACGGCCUACCGUUGCCGGGCCAGCAGCUCCAGCGGAACCAUAUUGAGCCGGGAAAUGAGACUCAGGGCCGUUCUGGUCCAGUCGUACGAGACUCAAGCGACGGGCGGAUCGGCGGUUAAAGGCGGAGUGGCCGUCUUACGAUGCGCCAUCCCGCCGGCCAUCAAGAACGACAUCCAGGUGACGGCCUGGAUCCAAGAGUUCACCGGCCUGACCAUUUUCCCAUCUCUACAAGGCGAUGGAAAACACCACAUGUUACCGGGGUCGGGAGACCUUUAUCUCUACGGCGUCGACAAGAGCGACAUCCGGGCCGCUUAUCGCUGCCGGACACAGCACCGAUUACACGCCGCCGGUUUCCACCAGCAGCUCAGUUCCAACGCCGCCUCUGUCGCCGUCUCUGAGCCCUUAAGCGUCGCCGGACCGAGCGUGACCGUCAAAACGUCGAGUGUCCAAGUCUUGUUGAACGACAAUGUCGCCCUUCCAUGUCUGGCCCAGGGCUAUCCAGUUCCGGAAAUAAGAUGGUAUCGAUUGGAAGUGGACGGCCAGCCGACGCCAAUGGACGAGUCGACGGCCAGUUUCGGCGUUUUGGUGCUGGAGAAUGUCCAGCCGGAAGACGGAGCCACUUACCGCUGCACGGCGGCCAACAGCGUCGGACAGAGUUUGCCUUACGACGUCCGGCUGGACGUCGUGGAGCCGCUGAGGGUCCAGCUCAGGCCGGCGGACAAGUCCGUCAUGAGGAUCAAUCAGGGCCAGACGGCUCAGAUGGAAUGCUCCUUCCAGCUGGACCAGCAGAGCCACUACAAUAACGGACUGUCUGGGCACUCGUCGACCGUCCGGCCGGUCAUCAAAUGGCUCAAAGACGGGCUGGCCAUCACCACGUCGACAGUGGUGGCCAACGCCAACCCCGGAGGCAAUUCCAAGUACCAGCAAUCGGCCGUCAUGUCCGUCUCUUCCAAAUCCGCACCUUCCGGCAAACAGGAGCAGAUCUGGUCGCUGGCCGUCGCCAAUUUCCAGCGGGCCGAUCAAGGGAUCUACCAGUGUUUCGUCUACACGGAAAGAGAGUCGGCCCAGUCGUCCGUCCGUCUACUGCUGGGAGAAGCGGCCCCGCAAAUGGUCCACACGUUCAACGAGCAGACGCUGGUUCCCGGCCCGUUUGUGACUCUGAGGUGCUCGGCCGUCGGCAAUCCAGCGCCGGACAUUUCUUGGCUGCUGGACCGGCAGCCCAUCGCCUUCCAGCAGCUCAGCGACGCCAGAUUGACGCAAAAUCAAGUGGUGUCUUCCGGCGGUGAGACGACGGGCCAUUUGAACAUUAGCAGCGCUCAAGUGGAGGAUGGCGGUGAGUAUACGUGCGUGGCCAAGAAUUUGGCCGGCCAGGCCACCCACUCGUCACGUCUCAACGUCUACGGACUGCCUUACAUCCGCAACAUGGCCAAGAUGACGGCCGUGGCUGAAGCCGAUGUCUCCAUCAAGUGUCCAGUCGCCGGAUAUCCCAUCAUGGAAAUCGCCUGGACCAGAGGUGAAGAAAUGUUGAGAUCUGGUAGUAAGUACGUGCUGGACCACCAGACGGGCGUGCUCAUCAUCAAAUCGGUGAGUCAGGCAGGUGACAAGGGCGUCUACACCUGCACGGUCCGCGAUCGACAGGGUCACACGGCCCGUCGCGAUUUCACGCUCGACGUUGUCGUGGCCCCCAAGAUGACGCCGUUCCAGCAGACGGACCCUAGCGGACUGAAGCUGGGCGAGCGGCUGACGCUGACGUGCGCCGUCACCAAGGGCGACCUGCCGCUGUCCUUUAGGUGGACAGUGGACGGGCGGCCGGUGGUCAGCUCACCGGGCGGCUCGCUCAAAACCGUUCAGAUCGAUCCGUACACGAACCUCCUGAGCGUCGACUCGCUCCAGCCGGCCCACAGCGGCAACUACACGUGUUCCGUUGACAAUUCGGCCAUCACCGCACAUUCAGCCACGACGCCGACGACGGCCAGCAGUACCGGGCAGCGCCAAUCCCAGCUGGUCCUCAUUCAGGUGCCGCCAUUUUGGAGUGUCGAGCCAAGAGAUGUGAGCGUGUUGGCCGGCCAACCUUUGACUGUCCACUGCCAGGCCGAUGGCUAUCCCAAGCCCAACGUCACGUGGAGCUGGACAUCCGCAGGAGGUUCCAGUCCGUCGUCUAAUCAAGAGCCGACGACGGCUUCAUCUUCUUCUCAUCCGUUAACCAACCGGACGUCGCCCGCCUUUCUCCGGGUCAUGGACAAUGGGACGCUCAUCAUCCGCUCGGCCCGCAAGAGCCUACAGGGCCGCUACACAUGUCGGGCCGUCAACCGCAUCGGCCAGGAUCUGACGGCCACCAUUUCCAUCAGUGUUCACGUCGGCCCGAGAUUUCGUGAUUCGCUUAGCCGACUGGCAGUCAAACGGGACGUCCAGGCCUCGCUCAACUGUCGAGUCGACGGAGACGGGCCGCUGCAUUUGGCCUGGAGGCGGAGCUCCUCAUCGACUUCUCUCUUGUCGUCUAAUUACAGGUUACGGAUCCAGGAGAAGGAGGCACCUCCCAACGGAGUGAUUUCCACUUUGACGAUCGCCGCCACCCAAGUGGAAGACGCGGGAAUUUACAUCUGCAUCGCUUCCAACAGUCACGGCCAAGUGGAACGCGAUUUCCAGCUCACCGUUCUAGAACCGCCUGAACAGCCACGACACCUUCAAAUCCAGGAGACGUCCAGCCGUCGAGUGGCCCUCUCGUGGUCGGCUCCGUCCAGCUCCAACGCUCACAAUCCGCUCAUCGCCUACAUUGUCCAGUACCGAGAAACCAAACAUGGCGGCACUUGGCAAGAGACGGACAAUUUGUCCGUCUACAACACCAACUACAGUCUGGAGGGUCUCCAACCGUCCACUUCUUACCAGGCCAGAGUCGUGGCGGAGACGAGCGCCGGAAGGGGUCCGCCAUCCGAUCCUGUCGCAAUAACGACUUACGGCGAACCCCCUGGGACUUGCCCGUCCGACUUGAGAGCGGUGCCCGUUUCCUCGUCGAGUAUCCGGUUGACGUGGACGGCAAUCAACGGCAACAGCUGGCACAGCAGCUUGAUAGGCUACCAUUUGGGCUUCCGCCAAGACAACGCCAUGUCGUACAACUUUACGACCGUGCCGCUGAUGGACCAGCAAUCCAACGGACAGCUGGAAUUGACGCUGGGCCAGCUCCGCAAAGCCACCAAGUUUCUAAUCGUCGUCCGGGCUUUCAACCGCUACGGCGAAGGACCUUUGUCCUCACCAGCCACGGCCGUCACCUUCGAAGAUGUUCCGUCUGCCGGACCACAAUCGCUGAGGUGUUCGACGUCGUCGUCGCAGAGCAUCGAAGUGACGUGGCAAGCGCCGCCGGCCUCGGAGCACAACGGAAUCAUUCAGAAUUAUCGACUCCACUAUGAGAUGAUGGGCCCGGUGGUGACGGACAACGAGGCCGUCGCACCGCUAGUCAAAACGGUGGACGGAAUCUACGCCACCCUGGCCGGAUUGUCGGCCCAUUCGGCCUAUCGCAUCCGAGUCGAGGCCGUCACCCGCAUAGGAGCCGGCCCAUUUUCUGCCUCAGUCACCUGUUUAACUGAUGAAUCUGUUCCCAAAGCUCCGGCGGAUGUGAAAGCUUUCAGCAGUGGCUCCAACGCCGUUUCCAUUUGCUGGUCGAUUCCGUCACAAACCAACGGCCAGAUCCUUCACUACACGGUCAAUAUUAAGGCUGGAGGGCAACAACACGGAUCGGCUGCCAACGUCCAGCGCCACACGGUGCCCGGCUCGCAAACUCACUACCAGGUCGAGUCUCUGUUGUCCGGCAGUAAGGACUCGACGACGGCCCAGCAGACGACUUUCUACGAGAUUUGGGUGACGGCCGCCAACAGGGCCGGCGUCGGAGACAAAUCCAAAGUCCUCCGCUUUUCUCCAAAUUCCAAAGCCAACAAUGUGGCCAUUUGCUCGUUUGGCCGGCGAGUUGUCCAACUAUGGAGGUCCAGCGUCGAUCUACCCUGCCGUCCGGUUGGCAAUCUGGUCCAACCGAAUUGGACGUAUAACGGGAAAUUAAUGGACGAUCGAAAGCAGUUGGCCGGCAACAACAACAACAACAGCAAAUCGAACGGGUAUAUCAGCUUGACGGACUUGAAGCGGAGCGACGCGGGCAAUUAUACCUGUUCCGUCACAACCGGUUUCAUAAGCGAUUCCAUCACCUACCAGCUGGCCGUUCUGGUUCCUCCGGUUCCGCCGGCCCUCCACGUUUUCCAGACGACCGUCCAGCAAAUUCAAAUGCAAUGGAAAGCGGAAGACGAUGGCGGAAGUCCCGUCCGCGGAUUCCUGCUCCACUGGCGACUGGCGGACGGUGGCGACUGGGAAGAGCGUGAGCUGGACCGGCACGUGACAAUCGCUCAACUCGACAAUUUGCGGUGCGGAACGAGGUAUCAGGUUUAUUUGACCAGUCACAACGCCGUCGGCACUAGCGGCCCUAGCAAUUCCAUCACGGCCAGGACCAAAGGAGACGCCCCGCUGGUUCCGUCGGCCGUUUCGGCCGCUCUGAUCGCCAACUCGUCGCACAUCAGCGUCUUCCUCAACGGCUGGCAGGAGCGCGGAUGUCCCAUCCGCUCCUUUGGCGUCGAUUUCAAAAUGGACGGCGAAGCUUACUGGACCACCGUCUCGGAUGACGUUCAAAAUCUGCCCGUCAUCUUCAUCGAGGACGUCCAGCCGUCGACGGCCUACAAUUUGAAAGUUCGCGCCAAAACCAGCGGCGGAACGGUGGCCGUCGAAUACGACGUGGUUACUUUGGAUCACUCGGGUUUGACCCCGACUCCGGAUCGAAUCAACCGGGCAGGCCGGCAACUGGUCCAGCCCAGCAGUAGCAACAACUCGACAGAUGGCAGUCACGUCGUUUUACCUUGGUGGCUCAUCGGUGCCGUUAGCGCCGUGGGAACGGCAUCGCUCCUGGGCCUGGUUGUGGCUUGUUCCUGCCUGUACAAAACGCGGAGUGAAAGUCGACGGCUGGUGGCUUCCGCAUUGCCGUCGGAAUCGACUCUGGCGGACGGAAUGAACAACGCCACCAACACGUGGAACAAGACCCACAAAUCGGGAUCGACCAUGGCCGAUCGCAGCAGCUCGAAACGCAGUUCCACCUACGAGCUCCAGAGUAUGGCCGAUAAAAUGUCCAAUUAUUCGGCGGAUCAGCAUGACGACAUUUACCCGUAUGCCACUUUCGAAUUGCAUCGGGACCACCAUCCGCGGUCGCCCGUCAAGAUGCUCGACAAUCCGCCGGAUUUCACCCGACUCAACAAGUACGGGCACCACCAUCACGGCGGUCUGGGGACCCAUUUGAAAUUGCCCCUCAGGCCGCCGCCCACUUGGUCGGAGCUGAGCACGAUCGAAAUCGAGCGACAUUUUCAAGGCUCGCCCACCGUUUCCGAUUCGGACUUGGAGAGUCUUCCGAUAGCGGCGGAUUACAUUCACGACCGGCCGGGUCAGCAGCAGCAGCAGCGUCCGUCCCGCCAUCACGGGACCACCAGCAGUUUCGCCAACGGCCCGCCACCGGGCGGCUGCGGCAGCAGCGCGAGAGUGUCGACGCUCAAUAAACGCUUCAGCGCCAGCAAUUCCAUCACCAACAACACCAACAACACAACCAAAGAUGCCUCAUCUUAUUAUUCCGCCACGUCGUCUACAUCCGCCUUGAAGGAAUUCUCCGGCGAGCCGUUCUCAUCAUCCCGAAUCCAUUGCGGAUCGCAGCGCCAAAGACCCAGUCAUCCGGUGCCGAAGAAAUCCGUGCCGAUAGGACUCCGGCUGGUGGAUCAAUCGAAUUUAUGGAGUGGCGGCCAUCAGCACAAGUCGUGGACGUUGAAUCCUUUGAUGGAAUCGGGCGACAAAACAUUGGCCAGCUCCUCGUCCAGCAGCAGCAUUGUCCACCGCCCCAAAGCCAGCCGGAAUGGUGGAGGUCCGACCCAUUCCAUCGGCAACAACAAUAAACAACAACGUCAGCCACAGCAGCAGCAGCAGCAUUCAGCAGAAUCCUCGCCUCCGGAUCAUUCAAUAGCCGUCUAAUCUAUCGCCGGACACAUUUCGCCUCUCCUCCAACUCCUCCGCCGGAAAUCCUCUCCUCUUUGUGUGUGUUUGUAUUUCCCCCCUUUUAUUCCCGAGCUGUAUAUAUAUUCUCUCAACACUCGACACACACACAGACAGACAAAGAUAUGCACUUUUGGAAAUUGAAAUCGAUUUAUUUGGGGGCCUGUUGUUAUGCCUAGAGCAGCGCCCAAGGAUUAUGGAAACGCGUCAAAUACACACCAAACUGACUGUACACAAGUCUCUCUAUACAUUCCGCUCGCAAAGCACACAAUGGCUUAUCUUUCUAGAUCCAUCGCGCUCCCCUUUUAUAUAUUUAUAUAAUAAUAAAUACAUAAAUG